CGGCGGGUCGGGGCUGGGUGCCAGCGCCUCGCGUCUCCCCAGCCCUCAGAACCCGCCCAGGGUGCCCAGGACCCUAGUGCCCUCUGAUGCGCUGGGGACCCUGCCUCCGACAUCCCCUGGGCUGCCUGGGUCCGCGGCCACCUGUGGACCUGAUUACCUUCCACACCUGGGAAACCCUACAUCCUCCAGAUUUCCCUCAGACUCAGCACACAGACCUCGGCGGCUUCAAGGCCUGAGACCGUUAUAUCUUCUCCUCCAGAAGCCCAACAGAUCCCCUCUGGUCCAACUCCAAAGCUUCUUCGGGUCUCCAGGCCCAUGGACUCCCAUCCUUUCUUGGGUGGAGAGGCCUUCAGACCCACCUGUCCCUAGAGACCCUCCUUCCUAGGAUCUCCUGCCUCCUGCUCUCUAUCUUGAGGUCCAUAGAGCCUUUCAGCUUCUACUAGAGUGUUCUUGAGGUUUGUGAAUUGUAAAUAGGGAUAAAAGUGGCACCAUCUGAUAGGUCAACAGAGGACCACGCAUAACCAAAGAGGAGGUCAGACUGACUGGUGACUGAGCCAUGUCCCUAGUCCUGGCUUACAUAUUUUUUCCAGUGGUCACUUUAGCUGUGGUGGAGCGACUUUUGUUGUAGGCCGAAAGACCACAAAAGGUGGUACUCACCUUAGCGCCUCACCAGGGUGUCUGCUAUCCAAGUGUAAGACACACUGCUUCUGGUAGGGGGAAGAGGGACUGAAGUCAGCGGGGGAGUCCUGAAGGAAAGGGGAAGGUACUGAAGGAGACGAGUUCGGAUGUGUCAGCACUGUCUGUGUAACUGGAGGGGUUGAAGCUGCAAGCAGGAGGUGUCGAUGUCCAGACAGGAUUCACAGAUGGAGUCAGUGGAAAAGACCACCAACAGAAGUGAGCAGAAAUGCAGAAAGUUUUUAAAGAGCCUCAUUAGGAAGCAACCCCAGGACCUGCUCUUGGUCAUUGGGACUGGUGUGAGCGCAGCUGUGGCCCCAGGCAUCCGAGCACUCUGCUCUUGGAGGAGCUGCAUCGAGGCGGUCAUCGAAGCUGCGGAGCAGCUGGAGGUUCUGCACCCUGGCGACGUUGCCGAGUUCCGGAGGAAGGUGAUGAAGGACCGGGACCUGCUGGUUGUGGCCCAUGAUCUGAUCCGGAAGAUGUCACCUCGCACAGGCGACACCAAGCCCAACUUCUUCCAGGAUUGCCUGAUGGAGGUGUUUGACAGCUUGGAGCAGCACAUUCAGAACCCUGUGGUGCUGCAGUCCAUCCUCAGCCUGAUGGACAGAGGCACCAUGGUGCUGACCACCAACUACGACAACCUGCUGGAGAUCUUCGGGCAGCAGCAGAGCAAGCCCAUGGAGUCCCUGGACUUGAAGGAUAAGACAAAGGUCCUUCAGUGGGCAAGAGGCCAUAUUAAGUAUGGAGUUCUUCAUAUUCAUGGCUUGUACACAGACCCCUGUGGGAUGGUGCUGGAUCCAUCAGGCUAUAAAGAUGUCACUCAAGAUCCGGAAGUAAUGGAAGUCCUGCAAAAUCUCUACCGCACCAAGUCAUUCCUGUUCGUGGGCUGUGGCGAGACGCUUCGAGACCAGAUAUUCCAAGCGCUCUUCUUGUACUCCGUGCCAAAUAAGGUGGACUUGGAGCACUACAUGGUAGUGCUCAAGGAAAACGAAGACCAUUUCUUUAAGCAUCAGGCAGAUAUGCUUUUGCAUGGAAUUAAAGUGGUGUCCUAUGGGGACUGUUUUGACCUUUUCCCAGGAUAUGUGCAAGACCUUGCCACUCAGAUCUGCAAGCAGCGAAGUCCAGAUGCUGAGCGAGUGGACAGCACCACCUUACUGGGUAAUGCAUGUCAGGACUGUGCAAAGAGGAAGUUGGAAGAGAAUGGAAUUGAAGUCACAAAAAAAGUUAGACAGUCAGAUACUGCAGAUGAUGCUGGAGGGUCUUGAAGUUUUUAAAACUUGAAACUUGAAAACCAGCCUUCAGCAACCACAGUGCCAUGCCCAAGUGAUGAGGAAUGUACAGAGGACUCCAUAUGGAUCUCUCAAUAGUGAACUGUCACACACCCCCAAAAGAGCCAUGUGGGUGUGUGGCCUUUGUGGUUGAAUGACAGAGCUCUACUAUGCGUUUAGCUGCUCAGGAGGUGACAUGGACACACUUCAGGUAUACUCAUAAGGACAGCUACCUCAGGGACCAAAUUGAGGGGUGGGAUGUACCUGGCAUUGUUCCCUUUUCCCAUUUGACAUGUUUUCUUAUGUCAGGGUGUUAUUUUUCCUAAUACACGGAGGAGAAUGAGGACUAUUCAAGCAACAGUAGUUGCCAAAGAGAAAAUAAGACAUAAACAUUUAUAUUUUAUAUCUUUAUGUGGAAAUACAUGGAAGCAUCUUUUGGCUGUAGAAAGUUUUUUUUUUUUAAAGAUGUGUUGGUUACAGUGUUAAACAGUAAAGCACAAGUGGAUAGUAGAGGGGCUGAACCCACUAGUGAAAAUUGUUUUUAAAGGGAUGACUAGAUCAAUUUGGUUUCUUUGGAAUUUUGACAUUUCAGUAAUUUCUGUUCCAAAGAAUUGGUAAACUGACUGUUAGUGAGUGUUAAGUCCAGACAGACUGAAGACCUUUCCCAAAGUCUUCAGUGCUGUCUAGAUCCACUGUGUGACUUCCAAGUUAAAAAGGGAGAGUGAAGCACAAGAUCAAGCUUUAAACUUUUAGAAGUUCUAAGCUUCCCAAGUCUUAUUUCUCUAGGAUAAGGCCCAUCCUUUCUGUUCUCCUCUCUUCCCACCGUUCAUAUUAAGAUUUACUUGGAGUGGGGUAGGCAAUACUUUGAAAGGGCUUGCCAAAUUUUAACUACAUUCAAGGUUAACUUCUGGGGAAACACUCAUGCUUAGACUACUGCAUAUGCCCACAGCUCCUCUGAUAGUGACUGUGGCAAAGGCUCACACGUUAUACAGAGUGGUCCUGAAAGGAAGACUUCUUAGAAACAGGUCCUGCAUGGUUCAUUUGAGGCUAUCCAUCUUUGAUAUGAUGCCAAGCUCUGCCUGUGACAUUGCAUGGACAGCACAGUAGCUCCCAAGGGAUACUGACAAUUAAGAACAGGAAACAUAGGUUGCUA